CCGAGCGGAGCACUGAGACCCGGGAUCUUUGCGUUGAUGAGCGCAAAUGCGAAUAGCGGGUCGAGUCCUCCAGUCUUGACUUGUCGACUGACCACAGCAGCGGUCAGUUUGACGCCUGCAGAGCGCCGUGCGCACGCAGCCAGAGUGACAGCGCAAAGGCACCACAGGAGCUUUUUUUUAUGUGUGUGUCUGUCUUCGAAGGGGAUUUUCAAGUGCAGAACAGCGUCUGGAGCUGCUUGAAGCAGAGUGCACAAAUUGAGCCGGUUCUCGUAUUCGCGUGCGACGGCUGCCCAUGAAGACACCAUAGCUUUAACAUCAAAGCAGCGGCCAUUACAGAGGCUAAAUGAAGAUCUUGUGAACAUGCACGAGGGACGAGCUCUACCUUUCACUUCGGUGACUUCCUCAGAUGCUGUGGCCCAAAGAAAGAUGGAAAGGAAUGGGAAGAGCUUGAGCCAAGACUGCUGCACAGAACCCAUUCAGUGAGCCAACAGGAGAUCCUCCAUACGCCAAGUCCCUGAGCCGUGCAUCUUCGCUUUUGACCCCUGACCCCUGACAAGACAAACACUAUGACCUCUGAGCUGGAGAGCAGCCUUACUUCAAUGGACUGGCUUCCCCAGCUCGGCAUGAGGGCAGCCAUUCAGAAGGCCGACACGGGACACCACCAUGGCCACCACCACCACGGGCACCACCACCACCACGGGCACCAUCACGGGCACGGACCUGGCAAGAAAAUGGUACAUUUGGACCCAGGAACAACACUGGACCAAGAGGAAGCAGCACAGCACAGAGAUGGUAAACCGCCCUACAGCUACGCCAGCCUCAUCACCUUUGCUAUCAACGGCUCACCGCGCAAACGGAUGACCCUCAGCGAGAUCUACCAGUGGAUCUGCGACAACUUCCCUUACUACAGAGAGGCAGGCAGCGGAUGGAAGAAUUCUAUACGACACAACUUGUCCUUGAACAAGUGUUUUCUCAAAGUGCCUCGCUCCAAAGACGACCCUGGAAAAGGUUCCUACUGGGCCAUAGACACCAAUCCUAAAGAAGACACGGUACCCAGCAGGCCAAAGAAGAGACCACGCUCUGGAGAACGAGCAUCGACCCCGUACAGCCUGGAAUCCGAGUCUCUGAGGAUGGACUGCAUCAUGUCAGGAGGGGCAUCUCCCACUCUGGCCAUCAAUGCUGUGACCAACAAGGUAGCGCUGUACAACCAUGAAGCAGAAGGCAGCGAGAGUCCUGGGAGCCUGGGCGGCAGCCUUAGCAACAGCCUUUCAGAGCAAAGUUUGGCGUCCGUCAACCUCAACAACCGGAGCACCGCGGUCAGCAGUGGCAGCAACGUGCACGGAUACACACCAGUGAGCAGCCACUCGGAACCUUCGUCCCAGUCCUUGAGCCUCCAGCAGCCCGCCCAACCUCCGCCGCCGCCUCCUCCUCCUCCCCCGCAGCCCCAGUACGGUUUACCUGUCCCCGAGUCACGGGACAAGCAGCUCUGCUUCUCAGACUUCGAGGACCUCAGCUCUUCGUUCCGCAGUCUUUACAAGUGCGUCUUCGAGCAGUCCUUCUCGCAGCAAGCAGGUUUGAUGAGUAUGCCCGGUGACUCGGGUCAACAGGCCCGCACCGCCUGCUCCUACCAGCACUCUCCUGGUGGGGGAAGCGGCAGCGGCCACCACCACCAACACAACCAUGGCCAGACAUCGCACCACCCUCACCACUCUCACGUCUCCCCUCACUCCACCCACGGUCAGCACCAACAGCACUCUGGUCACUCUCAGCAGCACUCGUCUCUCUCCCACCAGCAGAGUCACGCUGUGCAGGCCUGCCCCACAACAGUCAUGUCAUCAGACUGGUACCCCAACCUGGACUGGCUGAAGGAGAGCUGCCGCAUCGCUACCAGCUACAACUGGGCUGACGUAGACCUCUCCCCAUUCCAAGGUCUGAAGGAGAGCAUGCGACAGGCGGAGCUCAGCAACUGGUCUCUUGAUGCUGCCCAGAUGGCUGACCUGUGUUCCUCCAUUAACCAAUUCUUCAUGGCGACGGGGGUCAUCCCCCCUCAGGGCGCCACCCACCCACAACCUCAGGUCCAACAUCCAGCGCCGCCGUCCGCUCCUCAGCACCCGGCUCAGCCGCACGGGGCCAUGCAUCCAAAGCCCAGCCAUCACAAUCAGCAUGGGCAACACAACCCACAUAAUCAACACAUCAGCACAGGGAACAUGUACAUGGACUCGAGACAAAACCUUUCUUCUCUGAUGGGCCCACCAGGAUAUCCUCACAUGCCUCCCAUGAGCAACACUGCUCCCACCAUGACAGGUGACUCUCCCAUCGCUCUCUUAACAGGUCAUCACAGCCAGCUGAGCCAGCAACAACACACGCUGCCUCCGGGACACUUUCAGGUGAGGCGCAUGCUCGCUGCCGACGACAUCCAGGAUGAUUUUGACUGGGACUCCAUCGUCUAGACUGAGCCGUCAGUCAAAGGGAGCGACGAAGGAAAAGACUUGAAAUUAAUAAGGAGAUGCAGGCAAAGUGUGAUGAUAGUGACAUAAGGUACGAAACUGACUGACCUGCUCCUUUCGCCUGUGUAACAAAACAGAAGACAAUCCAACAGAAAACAAGAUGGGAAGGGAUUUUUCUAAACACGCUGGCCUUUUUUUUUUUCUGAUAAAAGUGGUCUAUUAAAUCUAAAGACAAUCAUGGAAAAAUGGAGAUGGGACAGACUGAGACUGUGUCGAACGAAGCCAAGACGUAAACACGUUUCGUCCAAAGCGACAACGCUCCGAAUUGUCUCUCGUUGUGUCCCCGUUGUGCCAACAGGGUUGCAAGUCGCCAAAGUGUUGUCAGUUCUUCUUUGAAUUGCUUUCUUUCUCUUAAAUGUGCAUCCCGCUGCAGCUCGUGUCCCGUGAUCUACAACGUUUCCCAGCCUGUGACUGGAAUGAACAAAAAAGAUGUCCUCUCCCCAAACUGUCUUAAGAAAACCAUCAAAUUUGUUUUAUUUUUUGCACACACUGAGCAAAUCCAGACAUUUCAUCCUUUCUUCACUGUAGCAUUGCUUUGCUCGUUGUUACUUUACAUAUGUGGUGAGAAGGAUAAUAGGACGUUUCAACCUAAAUCAAGAGUUGGGACACCACCUGCUGGUUAAAACAGGUAUUUUUAGCUUCUAUCCAUCUAUCACAAAUUGUUCCUCCUCUAUCUUUUUUUCUGUCAUACAGGACACUAGCUGUAAACUUCUUCUGCCUAUUUUAUCGCAAACUUGUCAUCAGUAUGCGCUUUCAACAGCAGGUUAGUGUGUCAUGUUCUCAGGGUGUUAUGUCCACAUAUGUCUUCGCACCUCUGCCCUUUACAUCUCCUAAAUGUGAGGUUAACUGUGUGUCGUGUUGUGCUGUCAGUGUUCAAAUCCUGUUGGCUAAAUGUUAGCGUCGCCCAGGACUCUGGUCAAAUGGAUAAAAGUCUUCAUUUGUCAGCUGUAAUAAGCUGAGUAAGAGAAUGAGCCUUUUAGUAGAGCCAAUAAACGUCACUGAUCAAAAAGAAAAUCAGACCGUCGCGUGACUCAGCAUUAACUUAUAUAGUUUUCAGAGAUAAAACUGAAGGGGAAGCAAAAGCGCACAUCAUUUAUGACCCUGCGGAUCAGCUCGGUCUUGAUUUCUAACAUGCCUCAUUUGGGAAAAGGCGAGCAGUUUUUUGCACAGCAACAAGUUUGAUAGCAUCUAGACUAAAAUAAAUGAUAACCGGGAACAUUUUAAUGCUUUGUCUAAGUAAAGAUCAAACAAGAUGCUCAACAUCAUUUGUUUUGUUUUGCUUUUGUUGUUAAUGUUAAUUUUGUGUAUGUACAGGUGUGUGUAUAGUCCUCUCCAGUUUCCUUUAGCUUUAUAUGGCUCAAAAAAAAGAAAGAAAACACACAUGGGAAACAAGUGAAUUUCAUUGUAUUCACACUUUAAGGUCUCCUAUUUUCCACGGUGAAAUAUUAGACCUUAAAGUGCUUUUUUUUCUUCUUUUUUUUCCUCUUUUGGAAGAUCUCAGUGAUUGUUCAGGUGGUCUAAACAAGGUAAUGUUUAAAAAAACACAAAAAACAAGAUAAAUACUCUUUAUUAUUGCCAUUAAAUGCUGUAUUACCGU